CACGCAUGUAAAAUGUAAACACAAAGCAGGUUGCAGAUUGGUAUACUUUACUUUACUCUUUGGUUGGAGACAACAGCCAGCCUUUACAAAAAUAGAAUAGAAUAGUUUUUGUCAACUUAUUAUUAACAAAUUAGCAUUGCAAAAUAUCAUUGCUACUAGGCAAAUAACAAAAUGUUCGCAGAGAAGGUUAUUGAAUUACUCAAAGAAGCUGAAAGAAAUCAAGAUACUAUUGAUCCUUUUAAUGAUGAAAAAAUAAGACAAAUUUUAGAAGAAAUGCAAACUUUAUUUAAAAUGAAUAUGAAUGAUGCGAAUGCAACCUCAGAAAAUAAAUCUCUAUGGACAACAGUUCAAGUGCGACAUUCAGCCUUAGAACGUAACAAGCGCUGCCUCUUGGCAUACUUGUACAGUCGGAUGGAGAAAAUAAAGACCUUACGGUGGGAGUUUGGAUCUGUAUUGCCUCCUGAUGUCAGGGAAUUGCUCUCCGAUGAUGAGUACGAAUGGUUCUCAAAGUACUCUACUAAUCUAGCUUCUUACAUGAGGUCACUGGGCCAAGAUAUCGGGUACAGCGGCAUCGAUUUGACGGAGAAUCUGCGGCCCCCCAAAGCUUUAUACAUGGAGGUUGUGUGCGCCGCGGAUUACGGCAAGCUGGAGCUGUCAGACGGAGACGUGGUGAUGUUGCGAAAAAACAGCCGCCACUUCCUACCUGCCGCUGAGUGCCAGACGCUGGUGCGGCAGGGGGUGCUUAAACAGAUCUUAUGAUGUACCAAUAAAGUUAUGUCUUAUUUACGUUGUGUUUUGUUUUGAAUAAUCGGAUCCCAGUACCAUCUAGGUCGUAGCUUAAUGACUUUAAGCUGGAGACUGACUAAGUAGUAACAUUUCGGUGUUUAUG